AUGUCUGACUUUCAGAUGUAUUGGGCUAAGCUCCAUAAAUAUCCUGGUGUGACGGCCUAUCUUGAGGAGGUUGGAUUACAACGGUGGGCAAGGGUUUAUCAAGUCCAUUGUAGGUAUGAUAAGAUGACGACAAAUAUAGUAGAAUUCCUCGAUGGAGUGUUGAAAGAUGCUCGAGAACUACCAAUCACAAAGCUAUUAGAGCAUAUCCGCGAGUGGCUACAAGGUUGGUUCUAUAUCCGACAUACACACGCAAAGGCAUGCACAAACAUUGUAACUGAUUACGCAAUGAGUAUUCUUAAGGAAUCAAAAUUGAUGUCUAGAACAUAUCGUAUUUCUCCGGUGGAUAUGAAUAUAAUUAAUGUGGACGAUGGAUAUUUAGGGGGGUUGGUUGAUCUUUGUUUAGGGACAUGUACAUGUAUGGAGUUUAAUUGCCUUGAGAUCCCAUGCUUCCAUGCAAUAUCUACAGUGACCCUAAGACACAUUAAUGUUCAAACAUUAUGUGCAAAAUGGUUUAUAAUUGAGUGUGUGCUUGCUGCUUACGUCGAACCAAUCUUCCUAGUCAGACACAAUCAAGAAUGGUUGGAGAUGUUGGAGUUUUUGAACCAAUUCUACCACCGCAAAAAGUAG